AUGAAAUGUUUUCUUUUUCUGGGUGAAACUGAUGCAUUAUUCAUAGCACCCACUGAAGUGACAUCAUUUUUAAAUGUAGUUUAUUCAUAUUUAGCCACUUUACGAGCGGGUCUAGAUUCAAGAAUUGGUGUUGGAUUUCGUUUAGGAAGACAUGCAGAUGCUCAAAUUGUACUGGAAUUAGGUCCACAAAAGUAUACAAAACCUAUUGGAGCCACACGAGCUGCUUAUAAAUCCGAAAAAUUACGACAAUCAUAUCGAAAUAAAUUGAAGGCAACGAUUUUAGGGAGACUUUCAAAGAAAAAUACGUUGGAGAAAUUACGACAAGUCUUUGAAAUCGUUAAUGAUCGGAAUGCUACGGAUUUUAUGAAUAGCACCAUCGAAAAUUUUACUUAG